UCUAUGGUGGCCGGUGUUUACGUGGGGGUGGUGAUUAAUUUAAUAAUUAAAAAUGUUUGAAGAAACAUACUUAAAAUUGUAUUUAAUGUAAUAGAACCGUAAUAAGAAUUGUUAAACUUUAAUUCUCUCUUUACUUAUAAUUCAAUUGCCAGAUAUAUAUUAAACGGACAAAAUGUUUUGGAUAUUAUUCACGUUACUCUUUGUUCUUCCUGUGAUGAUAAUGACAUUCCUACUAAUUUCGAUAUUCGUAGUUAUUCCUUUCGCAUUUAUUUUCGCAUCCUGGUAUAUGAGAGUUAAAGAGCGAAAGAAGCAGAGGCGAGAGAAGGAUGGAUUAAAUGUGGCAUUCUUCCAUCCUUACUGCAAUGCAGGUGGAGGUGGGGAGAGGGUACUCUGGGUAGCUAUCAAAGCUGUAUUAACUCGGUAUCCAAGUGCAACUAUCUACAUUUACACUGUAGAGACAGCAGAAUCAAAGAAAAUAUUGGACAAAGCACAAAACCAAUUCAAUGUGAAAGUGGAGCCAGAGAAAUUGAACUUUGUGCGACUUAGUGCACAGAAGUUGAUUGAAGCAAAUACAUAUUCUUACUUCACAUUAUUGAUGCAAAGUUUAGGCUCUAUGGUGUUGGGAAUGGAAGCGCUAUUAAAGUUGAAUCCAGAUAUCUUCAUAGACACAACUGGUUUUGCAUUCACAUACCCCAUAUUCCGAUACCUAGCGCAAUGUCCAGUGAUCUGCUAUGUCCACUACCCCACAAUCACAGCAGCUAUGAUGCGGAGAGUCAAACACCGUAUUGUAUCAUACAAUAAUUCAAGUCUAAUCGCAAGGAAUCCAUUAUUCACUUGGCUGAAGUUAAUUUAUUACAAGAUUUUCGGUUGGCUUUAUGGUGUAGUAGGGCGUUGUGCGGACGUAGUGAUGGUGAAUGGGACCUGGACUGAGGAACAUAUCAACGAUGUGUGGGGAGUCCCCCACGCUACUCAUAAAGUUUACCCUCCCUGUGAAGUAUCUGAGCUUAAGAAGUUGCGAUCGCUAGUGAAGGAGUCAGAUCCAAUCAGGAUCUUAUCGGUGGCUCAGUUCAGACCGGAGAAGGAUCACCCGCUGAUGCUGCAGGCUAUGUACGAGCUGAGGAACUUGCUUGUCAAGAAUGAACUGCUGUGGAACAAGAUGAAGCUGGUGCUGGUGGGGUCGUGCCGCAACGCGCAGGACGAGGAGCUGGUGCAGCACCUGCGCGACCUGGCGCGCCACCUGGCGCUGGAGGAGAGCGUGCAGCUGGAGGUGAACGUGCCGUACGCGCGCCUGCUGCAGCUCUACCAGACCUCCACGGUCGCGCUGCACGCCAUGUGGAAUGAGCACUUCGGCAUCAGCGUGGUGGAGAGCAUGGCGGCGGGGCUGGUGGCGGUGGCGCACCGCUCCGGCGGCCCGCUGCUGGACAUCGUGCUGGGCCGCACUGGCUUCCUGGCCUCCGAGCCGCUGGAGUACGCGCGCGCCAUACUCGAGGUGGUCGCCAUGUCCACUGACGAUCGGAAACAGAUAGUUCAAGCUGCCAGAGAUUCAGUGGAUCGCUUUUCGAGUGCAGAGUUUGAGAAGUCCUUCAUCCGCGUCACGGAGCCGCUCUUUGUGAUGACUUGAACAAUCGCUUGUUUAUUGUAAUUCCAUUAGAUGUAAGUGUAAUUAUAAAAUAAAAUUUACCAAAGUU